AGGUCGAAUAUCUGAUAUUUUGUAUCUCGCACCGUGUUGCAGAGCAGCACAUGUCUCGAUUCAAAAUCUGAAUUUAUUAAAAUGGGUGGACAUCAUAAGAAAAAUCUACGUGCCGAAAAGGCAAAAGUGAAAUUAAAAGGCGCCAAGCUACCCAAGGGACUCAAUGUGACCAAAACUGACUUUAAGGUGCGCAAGAUUGAAAUACGCGCACAGCUUAAGGAAUCCUUUCUAUCAGCUAGUAACGGCCAGCGACAACUGAACCUGAAAGAAGCUCUAUCCCGACUUAAACAUCACAAUCUUAAGUUUCGCACGGACGCUCUGCGCAAUGUGCGCGAUGCUGUUAAAGCUGGUCAGGCUGGUCAUCUAAUCGGUCAUCUCAAUGAGCUGCUGCAAGGCAUUGCAGCUGGCGCUUUGGAUAUCGAGCAGGAGGUGCGACGUGAAUCGUUCAAAACGCUCGAUGUGCUGCUCGAGGGACUGCCCGUUGAGGCUGUUGUGCCCUUCUUUCACAUCAUUGCCGCCUAUUUGCGCUGUGCCAUGACGCACGUACAGCCAUCCAUACAGGAGGACUCACUACUUCUACUGGAUGUGCUGCUACAGCGUGUUCCCUCGCGUCUGCUAGCCGAGCGCAGUGCAAGCACUAUUAUAAGCAACUUCAUAGACAUGAUUUCACGUACGCGUCACGAUACACAGCACACAAAUCGACUGCUCACCGUGCGCCUGGGGCAGGGCCAGGGCCAGCAGACGACGAUCAAGUGGCGCACCAAAGUGCUCCUCCGUCUACAACAAAUUCUCAGUACGCUACUGCAACAGAAUUGCCAAAGCGACAGCAGAGCCCGCACAGCGGCACGUGUCGUCCACUACGAUGUCACAAAAGUGCAGCAUUACAAUGUGCUGCGUCCGCAGCUGGUAGACAAUCGGGACUUGUACAGCAUUCUUGGCGAGCGAGUGCGCAAGGCUGAGAACGAGCAGCUGCUCGGUUAUGUGGAGCAGCUGAUGCCGCUGCUUCAUGACAACUGGAUUGAGGUGCGUCCGCAACAGCAGCAACUAAACCAACUGCUCAAUGGCGAUGCGGCAGGCAGUCUACACGUGCUCUUAGAUAUCAUGGCACAGUUGUGGCAGCUGGUGCUCCAAUACGAGGCCACACAACAGGAUAGUACACAAGAGCUAAGCGCCUGGAUGCGGCAGACCUAUGCAGCUAAUUUUGUGCGGAUCUUUCUGAAGGACAGCAACUAUCCUUACCAACAAAUGCCGCUGGCAGUCAAUCAACAAAACAACAGCAAGAAAAAGGCCAAGAUGACGCCAGCAGCUGGAGGAGAAUUGUGCAUUGCUCAAAACUUAACUUUGGUUCAACUCGUUUGUCACUUCUGGCCGCAGCCUGAUGACGAGCAACGCGAUGACUACGGCUGUCUGUUGCACUACAUUAACCAAUGUCUACGCCAGCUGUCCACACUGACAACGGAUGAGCAGUUACGCCUGGUGGCCGCAUUGCGGGCACUGCUCCUGGACAAUGGUGCGGCGCUGCUGCAGCUUCAGGCCCAUCAAAUGGGCACGGCGAUGCAAAACUGCAUCGACGCUUAUGUGGAUCAACAGUAUACAACGCGCGAAGGUGUCGCCACAAAGGUGUUGAACCUCUUAUGCCUGAUCGUGCAGCGCGUUGAGCUCUACAACGGCUACGGCGGCAAGGAGCAGUUUACCAAAUUUCUUAGCUAUCUGCCGCAGCUACUGCUCAAGCCCAGUGUAGCCGAUGUCACCUUAACAGCGAUGUCUACGCUUUGCCGCCAGCAAAACAUCGUCUUCAUGACGGCUCUCGUCGAGAGCGCAACCGAUGUGUUUGCAAACAUUGAAAGGCUGCUUGUGACGGGCGGUUCCAGCACAGAGGAGAGUCGCUUCGAAAACCAAAAGCGCAUCUUGAAUCUAUUCUAUCAUGCGCGUAAUUGUGGCAAUGCCAGCAAACUGCAAGCAACACUCAAGAAAGUUGAAAGGAAUUCACCCGAAAGUAUCGCCAGCUACUUGAAGUCCAUUUUCAUCUAUGAAUAGAGCCAAAACAGCGUAUAUCCCAGACUGAAACUACUUAGCGCUAGAUCAAGCUAGCAUCUUGGCUAUCAAGCCUUCACUUCUAGAUGACUAUAUAUAUAUACAUAUUGGGCAUGUAUAUA